AUGUUACAGUUUACAGGAAAGUGGCUUGGAAGCAGGCAAAUUCGAUGCAACUGGGCGACAAAGGGUGCCGGCAUCAACGAUGAUAAGCAGAAUUCAGAUGCCAAAAGUGUUGUGGAACUAACAAAUGGAACGUCAGAAGAUGGUCAAGAAAAGAUUAAUAAUGAUGCUCCAGAUAACAAUUCUCAGUAUACCACUGUUUACGUUGGCAAUCUUGCUCCUGAGGUGAAUGCUUGUUGCACUUGGGAACUGUCAUAA